GGAAAGUUUUGUAUCUUGUGUGUAUACAUUUAGUUAGGCUGGGUUUUGGUCUACCCCUCCAGCAGCCGAAGCCUCCAGGAACGGGUAAUGUCACCCAACAUAUUUCCAAGCUGCUUGUGAAAAAUAUGGGAGAUUAUGAAUUGUGUGACGUUUGUAUGGAAGGUGUUACUCUAAUAAACGAGUUCAUCACCAGUCAGAAAACAUUUGCCGACAUCAAACCUCAUGCCAUCAACCUCUGUGUGAAGGUUCUCACAAAGAAGGGUUACCAUGGUGAUUAUAUGUGUCCGGGAAUCGUGGAAUCCUACGGACCCGGGACGUGGUUUGUAUUUGUACAACUAUCGUUGGACCCUCUGACGGUUUGUGAAAAACUAAAUUACUGUUUGCCGUCGAUGGGCUUGUGGAAAACGACUGGAGAACGUAAAGUCGAGGCCGACUACAAUCCACACAGGCUUGUGCCAGACAGAGUUGUCCCCCGUGAAGCCGGUGACGAGUUAUCGGGCACCGAAAAGAUUUUACGAAUAUUGCAACUCAGCGAUAUCCAUGUUGACCCUUACUACACGACGGGCGCUGCAACGGACUGUGGACUGUACAUUUGCUGUCGGAGCCAAUUCAAUGGAACGGGAUCAGCCGGACAGUACGGGAACUAUGACUGCUGUGACAUACCUGUUCGCACACUGGACAUCGUUCUGUCGGCGAUAAGAAAACUAGAUCCAGCACCUGAUUUUAUUAUCUACACUGGCGAUUCUCCACCGCAUGACGUUUGGCAAGAGUCCUGGGACAGUCAACUUAAAGCAGACAGUUUGGUUGUUCAGAGGCUUAAUGAACAGCUUGAAGGUUUCACCAUUUACCCGGCUAUUGGAAACCAUGAAAGUUAUCCGGAGAGUUUUUACUACCAACCGAGCACAGCAUAUCAGGCCCUUAAUUCUAAACUCGCUACCUUAUGGGGAUCAUGGUUCAACGUUAGCGCGGACCAGAGAGAAAGCAUCGAAAUAUCUGCUUACUACACGACAUUGGUUCGACCAGGUCUUCGCAUUCUGUCAUUUAACACCGAUUACGGGUAUCUGGCGAAUUUCUAUUUUCUUUUAAAUGACCGGAUUCCAGCCUAUAGGGAACAACAGCAGUUCAUGAAGGACGUGCUAGCUGGAGCAAGACAGUCAAACGAGAAGGUUAUAAUAAUUGGUCACGUGCCCCCCGGAGACAAAGGUUCAAGUGUAAUGGACUAUGGGGAUUUUUACACCGACUUGGCUGUCAAUUAUUCUGACGUCAUCGUCCUUCACCUGUUUGGCCACACCCAUCACGAUGAGUUUGAACUUGUCAGUGCUUGUUUCCUUUAUUUAGACAGUGAAAUUUUUCUAUCUGAAGGUAAGACAGAUGUGAAGCUUCUAUACUCGGCUAAAGAUGAGUAUGGACUCAGUGACAUGAGUCCCCAAUCGUGGAGAUCUCUAAGUGACAGGUAA